AUUAAAAACCCCAAUAUCCUAUCAUCCACCGAAACAUAUAAAUAUCAUCUAGAUUCUUCAGAAAGUCAAUCAAUUUUCACCACCGAUUUCGCUGAGUUAGCUCAUCAACGAUUUUUUUUAGAUAAGAUAUAUCCCUCUGUUUUCCUCUGUUUCUAGAUCCCUCUGUUUUCCUCUGUCUCAAUCCCCAUGGGAAGACCAAAGAACCUGAGAGGCUUCUUUGAGAUAAUCAAAGACAAAGCAACAAUAAGCAAAGAAAUAAUCAUCUCCAAACUACCCAACAAUACAUCUUCAUUAAACCUUGCAAUUCUCAGAGCAACUUCAUCAGAACAAUCAUCCACACCGCCUCAUGAGAAUCAAAUCAUUUCUAUACUCUCUUUCGGUCAUAGUUCUCGGAACACAGCUUCAUCUUGCAUCGAAUCGUUAAUGAAUCGAUUACAUCACACUCAUAACUCGUAUGUAUCAACCAAAUGUCUUAUUAUUAUCCAUAAUAUAAUCAAAAGAGGUUCUUUCAUUCUUCAAGAUCAGCUCUCGAUAUAUCCAUCAAAUGGUGGUAAGAAUUACCUUAACUUAUCGAAUUUUCGUGAUAAUUCGGAUCAGGAAACUUGGGAAUUGUCUUCUUUGGUUAGAUGGUACGCUAGGAUUCUUGAGUCUCUGUUACUUACUUCUAGAGUUCUGGGUUUCUUCCUUUCUUCAGAAUUCAAGGGUCCUGAUUCAGACUAUUUCUUGUACUACAAGAGUGAUAAGCACAAAAGAGAUGGGGAUGAAGAACAUGAAAAGGAAAAGGUAAGUGCACUUUUGAAUGAAGAACUACUGAAAGAAAUUGAAGUUGUUGUUGGAUUGAUUGAAGAAAUUUCAAAAGCAAGUGAGUUAUUGAAUUUGAAACAGAGUAAAUUAGUUUGCCAAGUUAUGAAUUUAGUAAGUGAAGAUUUUUAUUCAGCUCAGAAGAGAAUCGUGAUCAGAUUGAAUGAAGUUAAAGAAAGAAUGAGUAAUUUUAGUUUUGGUGAAUCGGUUGAAUUCAAUUGUGUUAUGAAGAGGCUGAAGAAUUGUGAAGAGAAGGUUCUGUUCUUGUUUUUGAAUCAUAAAUGGAUUGGUUUUUGGGAUUUGGUUGAUGAAUUGAUGAGAGAAAAGAUUGGAACAGAGAAAGAUGGUGGGAGAUCAGUGAUGGUGAUGAGUCGAAAAGGUAGAUCUAGUGAGUCAGCUAGGUAUGAUCAACGAGAUUUGAGAUUGGACGAUUUUCGGUUCUCUUCUGGUAGGUUUGAUCUCAAUCGGGUUCAGUCCGGUUUGAGGUUUUUGAAUAUUUGAGUGUCGGUGUCGAUGGAUUAGGUGAGUUUUAGAGGUUGUUUGGUCUUGGAGUUGGUUGUAAAAUUUGUAUAAACUUUGUAUUUAAUUUGGUGGGCAAGGCAAUAAACAAAAUGAAGUCAACAAAGGAAAA